GUAGGUGGCGCUGAAGGGGGAAAAAGGAAAAAAAGAGAGAAUACCCAGCUUCCCUUGCAGCAAGGACACCGGGAAGGAAACACAGUUGAGCAAGAUGGUGAAUCUGGGGCUGUCUCGAGUGGACGAUGCUGUGGCCGCCAAGCACCCGGGCUUGUCAGAAUACGCCGGCUGCCAGUCUCAUGCCUUCAUGAAGGGGAUCGGUACGUUUAUUACAGGUAGCGGAGCUGCGUUUAUGGUGCAGAAGGCACUGAACACCCGGCUGCCUUAUCCCCUGCAGUGGAGCCUUCUUCUGUCUGUAGUUGCAGGCUCAGUGGCAAGCUAUGCGGUAACAAGGAUCGAAACCCAAAGAUGUUCUGAGCUCUGGAUGUACCUGGAGGCAGCUGAUACUCCUCAGGCCCGAGGGACAGGGGCCCCACUGUCAUCCCCCCUGGAGACAAAGAGGAAUCAAUAUGGAGAUGUUGUGGAUUAAACAGGACAAAAUAAUAGCAAUGGUGAGUUUGGGAGGUAAUCGGCCUGGCAGCUCCUGACUGUUCUGCUCCAUGCCAGGAGGACUUGUGCCAUUGGAAUGUUACCCCCCCUCCCUGUGGUUAUAAAGAGCUGGAGGGUCGGAUUUUGGAUGAUAAGGACAAUCUCACCUUGCAGCACUUCUAUAGACUAAGGAGACUUUAUCCAACAGCAAUGUGUCUGUUUCUAUUGAGUAUGGAAUGCUACUUCUCUUUUAAUUUUGUACAAUAAAUCUAAAACAUGGGAGUGGCCAAUUUGGAAUAAAAUAUAGAUAUAUAUA